UAAAGAGCAGCUAGCUGCGACGAGAUCGAGAUCGAGAUUCGAGCCCACGGACGGACUAGAUAGCCAGCCAAGCUAGUGGUACGUAGCUUAGGAUAUGGCGGCGAAGGACGUGGCGCCGGCGGUGACACUGAUGAGCAACGGGCACAUCAGCAAGAUGCCGGCGGCGGUGGCGGCGCCCGCGGGCAACGGGCACUACUACAGCAUGAUGCCGGCGGCGGCGGCGACGCCGGGCAACGGACACCGCAGCAGCAGGCGUAUGCCGCCGGCGGUGACGCUGAGCAGCGGGCACCGGAUGCCGGCGGUGGGGCUGGGCGUGUGGCGGAUCGAGAAGGCGGACGUCCGCGGCCUCAUCCACGCCGCCAUCCGCGAGGGCUACCGCCACUUUGACUGCGCCGCAAAAUACCAAAAUGAAGCUGAAGUUGGUGAUGCGCUUGCAGAGGCAUUCGAAAUUGGGCUUGUCAAGAGAGAGGACCUUUUCAUCACAACCAAGCUGUGGAACUCAGAUCAUGGGCAUGUGAUUGAAGCCUGUAAGGAUAGCUUGAAGAAGUUGAAGUUAGAUUAUCUCGAUCUCUAUCUUAUUCACUUCCCAGUGGCUUCUAGACACACUGAAGUUGGCACAGUUGCUAGUGUUAUUGGUGAAGAUGGUGUGCUAGACAUUGAUACCACUGUCUCACUGGAGGCAACAUGGCAUGCAAUGGAAGAUCUUGUUAAUAUGGGACUGGUUCGCAGCAUUGGAAUCAGCAACUAUGGUGUCUUUCUCACCAGAGACUGCUUGGCCUAUGCCAAGAUAAAGCCUGCUGUUAACCAAAUUGAGAUGCACCCCUACUUCCAGCGCGAUUCACUUGUCAAGUUCUGCCAGAAGCAUGGCAUCUGCGUCACCGCUCACACCCCACUGGGUGGCUCUACUGCCAACGCCAAGCUGUUCGGCUCGCUCUCAUGCCUCGACGACCCUGUCAUCAAGGAGUUGGCCGAGAAGUACGGCAAGACGCCUGCACAGCUGGUCCUCCGGUGGGGCCUCCAGAAGAACGCGGUGGUGAUCCCCAAGACCUCCAAGGUGGAGAGGCUGCAGGAGAACCUCGAGGUCUUUGACUUCGACAUCACGGACGAGGACAUGGAGGAGAUCAAGGCCAUCGACAAGAACCACCGCAGCAACCAGCCUGCCAAGUUCUGGGGCAUCGACGUCUACUCUUAGCUUUUCUUGCUCGCAAUCUCACUCAGCUACCGUGUGGACCUUUCUGAAAACUUGCUCCAUCCACCAUCUAAUGGCUGGAACAAAAUCGAUAAUGUGUUUUAUUCCUGCAGUGAGCUCGAUGCUAUUGGCCGUCACCCUAUUCCCAUAUUCCAUUGAAAAUGGUCACAACAUCUGACGGCGAUUGUUUGUUGUGUUGUAUCUCAUGUUGUUAUGAAUUUGAAAAGCAUAUAUAUAGCA